AAAAGAAGAAGAGGAGGAGGGGGAGGGGGAGGAGGCGAGGCGUCUUGCCCCUCCGUCACCGGGGCGCCUUCGCCCUCGGCCGCCGCCGCCGCCGCCGGGCUCUCGCGGACCAUGCCGAUCCUCCUUUUCCUCAUAGACACGUCCGCCUCCAUGAACCAGCGGGCGUAUCUGGGCACCAGCUACCUGGACGUGGCCAAGGGCGCCGUCGAGCUCUUCAUGAAGCUGAGGGCCCGAGACCCGGCCAGCCGCGGCGACAGGUACAUGCUGGUCACCUUCGACGAGGCGCCUUAUUGCAUCAAGGGGAGGAAUCCCUUUUUUUUAGAGCCAUCGAUUUUAAUUACCAUCACAGAUGGAAACAAGCUGACAAAUACUUCUUCUGUUCAAGAGGAGCUCCAUCUGCCUCUGAAUUCUCCCCUGCCUGGUAGCGAGCUAACCAAAGAACCGUUUCGCUGGGAUCAACGGCUGUUUGCCCUGGUGCUGCGCUUGCCCGGGGCCCCAUCAGUGGAACCCGAGCAGCUAGGGAGCGUCCCCACAGAUGAGUCUGCCAUCACACAGAUGUGUGAAGUCACUGGAGGUAGCCGCAGCCUUCGCAGUUGAGCAAUCUUGGGAAUAUCGUGUGAGAUUCUAGCCAGGGCAGACAAGGUUGAACAUUAGUUGGUUCAACUUGUUCUCUCUUUUGUGGGUUGUGCCUUGGCUUUUCUCUCCCCACAACCUCUGCUGACCUCCUGGGGACAUCUGUGCAGCAACUCCAAAUCAAUAGUCCUUGUUGAGUUUAUGAGGAUGAUUUUAUAUUUCCUAAUCUCUUAGUAAACCUUGCCCUUCUGAAGCCCUUGUCAAACUUGUCACUCUAACAAGCUGUGGGAGAAAUACAAAGAUUGGAUUGGUCCAACCAUUUAUAUUUAUAUAUCACUACUUUCCAUUAUACAUAAUUCCACCAAUCAACUAUCAGAUAUGCUUAUGUUCAUUGUUAUCCUUGUACCUCAUACCUUCAAACAGAAAUCUUAUUCCUUCAUUUUUCAACAAAAUAUUCUAAGUGAUCGCU